CUGACUUAGACUGCUUCAGGGCAAAUAAAUCAAUGUUUUUCUGACAUUUUUAGAAUGCAUGUUUUAUAAAAUAAACUCAAUAGACUUACCAUAUUUUGUGCAAUCAUUCUGUGUUUCUUCUAACUGCAUUACUUGUUUGUUUUCUUACACGGAAAAGGGAUGUUUUACCUUUUUCGCUGACGUUUCAACCACUUCUGCGGUCUUCGUCAGAGCUAGCUGCUGUUGGCGACGCCGUGGAUAAAUGGACAAGGAAGUGACGCUGCCAACAGCAGCUAGCUCUGAAGAAGACUGCAGAAGUGCUCAAAACAUCAGCGAAAAAGGUAAAACAACCCUUUCUGUGUUUAAAAAAGAACAAGUAGAAUACAUUAGUAGUUGUAACUUUAUUUUACUCUCUUUGAGGCUAACUAGAGGGAAUGAAAACAAAGCUAUAGUGCUAGCUCUCCAUUCUUUAACAGCUCUUUCUGCACAACAGUAAUAAUCCUGAUGCAUUCAAAUUUUCAAAAUUUGACACCAUCUGGAUUUAACUGGCCAGUCCUAUGUAGUAAUAUAAAUGAAAGGAAAAAUUGUGGCUAACUAGCUUAGCAUUUUUUCACUGGCUUGCUAAGGCGGGAAAAAUAACUACAAUGAAACCGAUAUGAUCUGAUAGAUUUAAAGGUUAUAAAAGUGAGCUUUUAAUGUUACAUUUAAGUAUUUAGGUGUUCUUAAACUCUGGGUCAAGCUGCUCUCUCAACAUAAACGAUACUGUAGACUUUAAAGCUGAGUCAGAGAGGGAUUAAGAGUGAUGGUGUCACGUUGGGCUUUCCUCUGAAGUCCAGGGAAUUAAAGUCCUGCUAAGCCUGCUGAUGCUGUUCACGUUUUUACAUUGGAUAUUAAAUGUUAUUACAGCUAAUUAGUUAAAGGGUAAUUAAACUGUUUUUAGCUCAUUUCCAGGUAUGACGUGUGCGAUGUAGUCGUGUGUGUUUUUUGAUCGUUAUCCUUCAUCUGUGAUUUAUAUUUUUAUCUUCUAUUGUUCACCUUAAAUCUUUUCAAGCUAACAAUUGAGCCAACUUAAUUUAGCUUGGCCAUGGUCACACGUGGAAAUUCAACAUGUAAAACUGAGAAGCAUGUCAUGAAAAAGUUUAAAUGUGAAGAGGGCAAUAACAGCACAAAAUAGUUAAAAACACACAAUACCCAACCAUCUGCUGACCAACAAAAAUGAAAGCAUAAUGAUGCAAACAACAACUUGUUUUUGUGUCAAAACUAUUUUAAAGGUUUGUUUCUCUUGUUCAAUCAAUGCAAUUGUAGGAGCUAAUGCCUUGCAAUUCGUUCUCUGGGUGGAAAAAAAGCUCUGGUGCAUGUUUCCUGCUGUUUGCUGGACUCUAAAACAGCCUUUCUGUCACAAGCCAACAUGGGUGAGUCCAUGACACUAAGUGACAGUGUGACAUAGAUCUGUCAGGCUUUUCAAUUCCUAGAGUUUCACCAUCUAUUUGUUAUCAGAAGCCAAUGCAGGAGAUAGGUGUAGGAGACUAUUUUCAUGUUCAGCCUGCAUGAAAAACUCAGAGUCCAGAAAACAGCAGAUUUUGUCCCGACUAGAAGCUAACCCUAACCAGAACUCCUUCAGGAUUGUGUUAUUUGUGCAGCAAAAACAUCAACGUUGCAAAGGAAACCGAGGCAGUGGUAGAGUCGUGUUGGUGUUAACCAAUCCAAGGCGAGACAUCCAAAUAUCAGGAAAUAAGAGUCCAAUCAUCAAAGCAUUUUUUUUCCCAGAUGGUGAUUUCCAAGGCCUUCAGUCCUACUUGAAACCACUGCAAAUGUAUUAAAAUAUAUGUAAAGUUGACCUUUAAUGUAAAAAUAUGUCAGUAAUGGUUUUUAGAUUACGUUGGACUUUGAAGAUCAUAUCUGGAGCCCACUGUGAUGUUACUCAGUCCAGCGUUGGGUCAACACUGGGAACCACUGGUUUAGAGUACACGCUGUGCAUUACACAAAUGGUCUAUGUUGGGUGUCCAGAAGAAGGAAAGACAGUUUUUGCGUCUCGUACAAAUAGGAUUUCUAAACAUGUGUUUGUCUACUCUACUAAAAAUAACAGGUGAAAAGAAGCUUAAACAUCUAUAUCAUUAAAGUGACAGUGUGUAGUUUCCUUGGCGAUAGGGGGCAGUAAAUACCUAAAUCACUGCCAGCAAGCAUUAUGUUUGUGUUCAAAUAAGACCUUACCAACAGAUAGCCAUUAGGGUCAAAAAUCCCUGGGAGUGCAACCUCCAGCAAAAAUAAGAACAUCAGAUUCCCUUUCAUCACUAGCACCAAGUGAAGAGGUAAAUGUGUAAAGCAAAAAUGUUUAAUAAUGGUGAACGUUUUGUAACCAUUUGUUACAAAUCAGUAAAUGCAUUUUGUCCUCACAGACUUCCGUAGAAGAAACAUGGCAUCCAAUAUGGAGUCACCCAGCGACUUAGACCCUCUCCAUGUAUUUUUAAACAGAUAAUUAUGGUUGUCUGUUAUGAAACUGCCAAUAUUUUUCAACAACUGGGAUUUUUUAAAGUCAUUUACUACAACAUUCCAAUGGAUAUUUCCAGAGAUUAAUAGUAAAAAUUACAUUUAAUAUCAGUUUAAAUUGUAUUGCAUUAAUAUUUAAUCCUAAAUCUCUAUGACGGAGACCUCGUGUUUCAGAAAGUGUGAUGAUGACAUUUAAGAGGGAAACUAAAGUCAACCCAUCAUAGAAGACGACUGCGACUGUUAAAAGGGGAAAAUUCAGACAUUAGUGAUUUCUUAAUUGUAAACAUUUUAAAAUCAAGUUUAAUUUUUGCCUUUUUCUCUUCAGGUGUGUGUGAGAUCAGAGCAUGCAUUUGGUCCAGACUGGUUUGUGGGACUCCCAGCCCCCAUCUAAACAUGCCUCGCCUAUUCCUGUGCCCCCCCACUCUAGUUUACGCAACCCUCAUGUGAGUUCAACCACCCCAGCCAAGCGGAUCACGUUUUAUAAGAGCGGUGACAGCCAGUUUGGGGGCGUCCGGAUGGCGAUCCACAAGCGCAGCUUCAAAUGCUUUGAUGCCCUACUGGACGACCUUUCUCAGAAGGUACCCUUGCCAUUUGGUGUAAGAACUGUGACCACACCCCGUGGUACACACACCAUCAAACACCUAGAGCAGCUCCAAGAUGGUGGCUGCUACCUCUGCUCUGACCGGCGUCAAGCUAAACCAAUCAAUAUGGAUCUGGCCAGCAAACGUCAAGGCAUCUCGUACCAUCACAGCUGGAGGCCCCAGAGGCCUGAGACUUCCUUUGCGACACCCCCAGGCCCUUUGCACUUCCCCCACAGGCAGCGACGGAUCCUGCUUGUGAAGAACAGCGAGCCUAGUGUGAGGAGGAGCGUUGUACUGAGUAGACGGUCAGCCAGAAGUCUGAAAGCCUUUCUGGAUGAGGUGUCUGAGGUGAUGCAGUUUCACGUCCGCAAGCUCUACACGGCAGAAGGACGCAGGAUCGAUAGCGCACAAAGCCUGAUGACAUGUCCUGGUGUGUUGGUGUGUGUCGGCCGGGAAGCCUUCAGUCCUACGCUCGUCAACUUCAUCAGGAAGUCAUCUGAGGAAAAAUUACCCGGUCUGGGUAGCAAGUCCCCCGGUCUCGGUCCGAGGAUUCCUGGUAAUGGAGCACGAUCUGCUACCCAUGGAGUCAGGUCUUCUCAUGGAGCACCGUCCAGAGCCAGCGAGUAUGAUGAAAAACAUGACAGCAGGAAAAAAAAUAAUUUUGGUUUGGAGACCAAGAAAAGUGUCAUCCAUCCUCGCUCCGACUCCUCAACUCGCUCCACUCGUUUCUCUUUGUCUUCUGAAAAGUCCUAUGGCGCCUGCUCCCAGGCAAGACCAGCUAUUAUGAAUGACGACAUUGAAAAGCGUGUCCUUGUUAAUAAAGAUGGCAGCCUCUCAGUGGAGAUGAGGGUGCGCUUUCACCUGCAAAACAAUGAAACCAUUCACUGGUCCACACAAAUAAAAAAAUCUCCCUCCUUGACCAAUGACUGCUGCCCCCCAAGCCAAGCCCAGACACAUUACCUGCAGAAGGGCCGGUCAGAAACAUGUUCAGACCCAGAUUCUACAUCAUACGAAGGGGUGGACUAUUCAAGCCAACUGCCGCAGUGUGCGUUGGAAGAGAACCAUUACCCUUGUUGCUACCAGAAACAAGAUAAUCAGUUUGACUUGUGGGAAAACCCUGCCAUCCAACACUGUCCUGUCCCACCCACAGAGACAUCCAGCCACACUAUGAGACACACACACUCCUCAAGCUCGUCCUCAUCAUGCAAUACCAGAAGAGUGGUUCGGUGCCGGGCACGUCUGUCCAGGUCUCCAGGUGGCUCAGAAUCAGAGCAAAGCCAAGUGGUCCAGAAGGAGAUGUGCAUGACAGAGCAGGUGGAACGCAGGGUAGAGGUGAGUCAAGAAGGGGACACUCAGGUAGAGGUCUGCAAGGUCAGUCAAUGCUGCAGUCAGACUGAAGUUGUCGCCAUGGAUGUCAACCUUCAACCACCUAGCAGACAGUCAGUUGAGGGUGAGUUGAUGAUAGGGGAAGAUGAAGGCCGCCCACUGUCUACAGUCAGCAGCUCCUCACGUAUUCUCCAGUCACUGAAAGAAGACCAGGAUGAUGAGGAGUAUGAUCUGCCUCCCAGUGCUUCACAGUGCUCCCACAGAAAUGAACCAUCCCCUUCACCAACCCCAGUGGCUGAACCCGAUGAAGAGCCAGCCAGCGUUGUGUUCACCAGUUCAGUCCAUUCUGUCAAAAGCCACACUUGUCACUGUGGAGCAGCUACCCCAGUCAUUGAAGCAGAUGGGACAGAUCGAGCGCCUACCUCCAGGUCUAAUGCAAGCAAACAUAAAUCAGAAGAGGAAAUUGAAUCUGAGAUUUCAGGAGAAGAGGUAAACAGGGCUGUUAGUGGCUUAUCUCAUCUGGCACGACGUCCAGCAAGCUCUCAGAAAUCAUGGACGUCAAAUGUGUGCUCACACUGUGGGGGUUGGAAACAAGGAGUCAACUCUAACAGCAGUGCUACAAAUCAGUCAAAUCGAGCCUCUCCAACCCACAUCUCACCUCUACCCAACCAGGAGAUUGGUGGCAAUGGCAGUGAUGAUGCAGUUUUAGCUGUGUCAGCAGAUUCAAAAACAAUCAGCCUCAUCAAAGAUGGGCCUCUACCUGUCGUAUCAAACACCCUGGAGGGUACAGCAUCCAUUGCCAUGUCUGCAACGUCCGAUCCGGACUCAAAAGACAAAGGUGAAGGAAGAUGUUCAAGUAAUGCUUCAGCUGCAAGCCUCAGAUCAAACAUGUCAGCCAAGUCUAACUGUAACGAUAUGUCUGGUGUCGGGGGUCCUAGUGCGUUGUCGGUGCAGUCUAACCAAUCUGUCAAGUCCAGCAGGUCCAAAUGCACAAAUGAAGACUCCGCUAGGAAUUCAAGGGAAAACCGGGAGGAAGAUGCUACUGCAGAAAAAGCAGCCAGCUCAUUGUCAAACAAUUCUGGCUCUUCGGUCAAAUCUCAGGUGAAUGGUCUAUCAGGUACUAAAGGGAUUCCAGAAGAAGGUGACCCUGACAAACGAGCUCCCAGUGUCCUUUCUGUUAAAUCACACAAGUCCUCAAAGACUGGAAAGGCUGAAAGUGUCCUAUCAGAUAAAUCACACGUUUCAGCAAAGUCUGGAACAUCUCACAAGUCUGUUUGCAAUCACUGUGCAAAAGCACUAUCUGAUGAACCCAUGAAAGGAGCAGAGGCAGAGGAAAGGUCAACCAGUGUAGUGUCAGCAAAGUCACAUCACUCUGCCAAGACCAAUCAAUCCCACAACUCAACCAAAGCUUCAGAACAACCACCGUCUCCUCGCCCAAAAUCUGGAGAAGAUGUAGAAGAGAGGACAACAAGUCAAAUGUCUGGAAAGUUGUCCGUUAUUUCCACAAAGUCUUCCAACUGUAAAGACUACAGAAAGGCAUCUUCUCCCAGCUUAAAGGUGGAGGAUAGUACUGGUGGAAGGAUAGAAGCUGAAACACAGUGGAGACCAGAAAGUGUCAAGUCAGCCAAGUCUAAGAAGGAAACCAGUGCAAGGCCUGAUGAAGAUGCAAAGUCUCACUGUACAAAUACAGAUAUAGACAGUGUGGCAGACAGAUCUCCCAGUGCUACAUCAGGGAGAUCACAUGCCUCAGCCAAGUCCUCCAAGUCCCAAAGUUCAAACCACUCAAAAAGCCCUUCAAACCCUCUGAACCCCGACUCAGCUUUGAUAGAAACAAACACAGAUGAGAAAGCAAAUGACAGUGGGGACAACCUUGAUGUCAUGUCUGUAAAGUCUAAAUCGUCUGUGAAGUCUUCUGCUUCUCACAAAUCAAACUGUAGUAGAAAUACCUCCAGCCCAAAUGUUACCAUCAUAUCACAACAAGGAGAAGAAGACCCGUGUGUUACCUCAGAAAAUUUAAAUGAUACUGUUGUUACAGAAACAGUUGAAGAAGGUGAACCUGUAGAUGACAGUGCUCCAAAAUCUUCUGACUCACAUGAUAUAACAUCCUCACCAAAGAGAACUCCUUCUCCUCAAAUCCAUACCUCCAAACAGUUGUCACCUAACCCAGUAUGUGGAGAGACAAGAGGGUCCAGUGCCUUGUCAGUUCACUCCACAACCUUGAGAAAAACCGGCAGAUCCAGAUGCUGCUGUGAAGCUGCAUCAGCCCUUGAAAAAGAAAAUAAUAUAAACGAAGGAGAGGAUGAGGAAGAUGUUAAUAGUGAAGGUGCUUUUGAACAAGCAGUCAGCAUCCUGUCAUCGGCAUCAAAAAGACAAAGGAAAGGAUCGGGUGUCACAGAGCAAACUCUGAGUCGGAUCUCAUCGAGAUCAACCUCUCUUGAGCUGCCAGAGGACCAUGAAACAGCUGGUUCAGAGUUUAGUGCUUUUAGUAAAAAUUCUCAUGGGAAAAUAAAGGGACAACUGGAAAACUCUCAAAGAUCAGAAAACUCCUCUGCAAAAGAAGACAUGGAGAAAAUAGAGCCUACCAAGUCCCCUCCAGCAGUUGAUAUACCUACAAUCAAAACACCAGAAGGAGGCAAGGGUGGAGGUGAAGAGCACGGAGGACAACACUUAGAGAGAGCAGCAAGUGCAAGUACAGUCAAAAGCAGCAGAUCACAUAAGUCCUGCUGUAGAUGUCGUGUCACAGCAGCAAGUCAGCUGCUUGACAGUAAGUCUACAAAGAGAGGUGCCAGUUCUAGUCCCAAUAGAGUUACCAAUGCAGACGAUACGGAAAGCACAAAGUCUGCAUCAGCAACUCAAAAAAUGUACACCUUGAGCAAUGAGACCUCCUCUGCCGUCUCAGAAAGAGUUGGUAGAAAAUCCCCUUCAAAUGCCAGCACAAACCCUACAAAAGACACCGCUGGUGUUUUGGCAAACAGUGAAUACCAGGUUAUCUGUAGAGCAGGCAGUGAGACCAGAGACAUGGAAGACAUACCACAAAAUAAGACUCCAAAAUCCCAAAAUCCCUGUUCCCGUAGGCCUGAGUCAGUAACUUCAACUCAGUCAGAGUCAAAAACAAGUUUAAAGCCGAGCAAAGUAAAUCACAACCCAGUCAAAGAUCACAAGACCAAGUCCCCAACAGGAAGUGAGGCUUGCCUGUUACACAACCCCAAAUCAGGCAGUAAAACUGAGGCGAGUAGUGAGAGCACUCUGUCCCACUCUCUAUCUGCUGCUGAUCUACUGAAGGAAACCAUGGCAGCUGUACGCCCACGCAGCCAACAGUCAAAAACUAGCAAAACCAGUGACAACCCCCAGACUGAGAGAAGUGAGCUAUCUCAAAGAAGCAGGAAUCAGAGGGAUCAGGAGAAUUUUGUGGAACUGACUCCUGAAUGUCUGCCCAACGCUUCUCCAAAUGAGGUUGUUAAUGAUUGGCUGAGGAGCAUCCCAGCCAACAGCAGCAUGCUUGCACUCGACAACGAGUUGAAUGAGGACGAUCAGAUGGCAGAGGAGACGAGUUGGAAACCUGAAGAGGAGGCAAAGAAAGAAGAGCUGAACACAGAGGAGGAGCAAGUGGACAUUGAGGAGAAAAGUGGGCCACAAGAAAAGGAAAAGGAAGACAAAGGUGAAUGUGACACAGCGGGUCAAACGUUAGGUGAUCCAGUCGGGACUUCUCCUAGCUCCAAGAACUGGCAGGGUUCUGCUGCAGUCAUGAAAGUUCUCCUGGGCUCAUCCUUUGGUCGAUGCCGCAGCAUGCCUGAGGUGUCUCCAGUUUAUGGUCGUCGACUGAGCACAUCAGCCAGGGGGCUUUUGGACUGUCUGGCCCAGCUCCAGGUCCUUGAGCCUGCAAUGGGCUUCGUCAGUCACCAACAGAAGGACCAGAGGCCGCAUUAUGAUGAGAUUAUGGCCGUCCUUCAGUCACUCUGGCUCACUGAACCAAGUGACAUUGACGACGUGGACACCAAGAAGAAAAAAGGUGCGGCACAGGUCACGCCACCGACGUCCUCUUCUGGGGUGGGUAUGAGCAGUGGCUCAGAUGGAUCAGGGAAAGGCAAUGGAAAUCAAGGAGAAGAUGAAAGCCCUGCAAAAGAAACUGAAUCAGUGCAUGAGGAGGAGCCCACGGAGAAGGUGGUAGAAGAGGAGGAUGGCAAUGGGAGUAAUGGAGACAUUGAGAUGGAACCAGAGAAGACAAGUGAAGCAGACACAGCUGAGGAACUCAUGAAGAGUGAGGAGCAACGCACCGUUCCUCAAAGUCUCGAGAGCCUAAAAGCCACAGAGAACCCUUCCACGUUAGACAAGAGCUCUGCCAACGACAGCUCCAAGUCCCUCACAGACAAUGAACGAGAGACGCUGGAAGACCCCCACUCAGCCACCCCUCCAACUGUCCUGCGUGCACCCUUGUCGAAAAGACCAUCCCAAGACCCAGAUCCAGUGUGGGUACUCAACCUGCUGAAGAAACUAGAGAAACAGUUCAUGAGCCACUACAUCGAAGCUAUGACUGAGUUCAAAGUUCGCUGGGAUCUGGACGACAGCCUCAUCCUGGACACCAUGAUCUCUGAGCUGAAGGACGAGGUGAGUCAGCGCAUUCAGAACAGCAUCCAACGAGAGAUUAGGAAGAUUCAAAGUCGAGCUGGCAAGGGGGGCAGGUCGCCUCGACCGCCGGGGCUGGCAAACAUCUCUAGGGACUCCACCAUGACGGAGAGGAGGAGACGGAUGUUGAAGGUGAUGAAGAACCAGUCAGUAAAAACCGCCGACUCUGUCAGCGAUGAAGAGUUGACAGGAAGUGAUCAGCGAAGCGAUGAUGAGUACUGCCCCUGUGAGGCUUGCGUUCGUAAGAAAAUAGCCGCUCGGCCUUUUAAGAAGAAUCCGUUGGCAGCCGAAGCUCCCGUGAUGAUGGAAUUUGACCUUCGUAAGAUUCUGCAGCUCAAGAAGAACCCAUCUCCCACAACGGUGACAGCAUCCCAACCUACAGAGGUCGAAGAUGAACGGACGGCAGCAGAUGAAGAAGGCAGGAACUUAGAAGUGGUGGAGGAGGAAGAAGAGGAGGAAGAAACCAAACAGGACAUUAAAGCUGGUGUUAACCAAGAAACUAGUGGGGAGAAUGAAGAGCUGGAGGAACUGAAAGAAGAGCAUGAAAAAGAAUGCACUUGUCAGUCUGCUGAAGAUGGAGAGGAGUCCAACAAAAAAGAAGAGGGUGAUGAAGAGGAAGGUGAUACGCAGACAGUGAAGGAGGCAACAAAAGGUGAAGAGAAAGAAUCUGGGAAAGACUCUUCAGAAGAUGUGGUGAAUGAACCUACACUGGUGGAGGGAGAUGAUGGGGAUGAUGAGGAGGUGCAUGAAGAGGAGAAGGCGGGGAGUCAAGAGGAAGAUGGAGAAGGAUCAGAGGAGGAGGGAACCUCCCCACAGGGUCUAAGUGUGGUUCCUGUUGUCUGCAUAUCUGAGGGAGAAGCAGUUGAUGCUGAACACUCAGACAACAGUAAAGAUGAAGAAUCUGGACAUGAGGAGGCUGGAGCUUCCGGAAAUGAGGAGGACAAAGAAGAGAACGAGGUUAAGGAAGAUAUCAUAGAGGAAAAGGCCACUGAAAAUGAAAACGACGAUGGGACUCUCCUGCAUCAGUUCACUAAGACCUCGGUGGAGUCCCAGCCCGGCUCUAUGGAGGACAUCGUUGACACAGAUUCACCCACGAGUCCCACAGAAGCUCAGAAGGCGGCUGACGAUGUGUCUUCUGGUGGCAGCCAAUCAUGUGGCAGAAUAAAACAAAAUGAAUGACUUUGAACCCACCAGCCAUCAGGUGCAUCACAACCGGAGCAACAAUCACUGAUGUAAAAAAGAGAUUUGAACACUUGAUGCACUUUACCUCUCCAGGUCCAGAGCAGGAGGAGUCAUGAUGAUGCUGUUUAAAUGUUUAUUUAAGUUACACAUGUAUCUCUCUCUAUUACAGAUAUAUCUUAAACAAAUCAAAAACAAACUUUUGGGUGAAUUAUUUGAACCCAGUUUUGUGCUCAAUGGAUGUCAACUUUAAAAUGUAUCAAGUCAUUUAGCCAAUAAUCUACCAAGUACCUCAGAACUUGUACGGAUGACUGACUUUGUGUAGUUUUGGACAGAAUAUGUUUGUUUGGGGCUUCUUUUGCAGUCCCCUCAGUGAUUUGGACCUCCUAGAGAUUACUUAACCACGUGCUUAGACCUGCAGCCUGCUGAGAGGUCAGCAGGAUAAACAGACAUAACCCCAGUGAUGUCACUUUAAUACCUAUAGGAACAUUUGCUGCUUCAUAAGUAUGCAGAAUUACUUAUACAAUUGUGUCUAACUUUCAAGGAAUUAUAGCAGGAGAAUAAGAGAAAACUUUUCUUAGGUUUUAAAGCUUUUCGGAGGGUUUUGUGCGACUAGCCCUGCUGCACCCGAGCAUGAAUGAUGUUGCCGAGGCCUUAUUGAUCCCAAUAAUUACCAGACACUAUCCUGAAAACUCGAAAAUCCUGAAAAUGACACCCUCAGUUCCCUGGUUUAACUCCACUUCUAGUUUGAUCUACAGAAAGGCAGCAUGUUCUCUAAUUUUACUGCUUAGCUCGACAAAAAUCCUCUUAUUGUGGCAUCAGGUGAGUGGAGGGGUGCCUACGCUGCUACUGGUUCUUUGUCACCAGCUGAAAAUGGUAAAGGAUGUGAAGAAUGGCUGUAAUGAUGCCAAUGUUAAUAAAAUAAUCAAACAGA